AUGCUGCAACGUAUUCCACCAUAUCGUGACCCUCUCGUGCAGCUGUUGGCGGAUGCACUCAUUCGGGGGUUGGAGAUCUACCGCAAAAACGCAACUUCCGAUGUCCUUGUCGAGUUUGAGUGCCGCUUAGGCACGUACUCAGCUUCUCGUCACAACUUCACUCAUCCCUUCGCCACCAAUACGCAAACACCUGCGGUACUGGACACAGCAGCGUCGGCAGCACCCUUCCACUUUUUUAGUGGAGUUUCACAGGCAACGUUUCACGCACUCCAUGAGAAACUGAAGAAAACAGCCCCCGCCGCGUGUGUACCCUCACGCUCUACCGCAACCCUUUUUGUACAUACGGCAGGAACACAGAGACUUGAAUACGCGAUGAAUGCCUCAUGCAGUGAAGGUCAGCUGCUCUCGGGGAGCGAAAAGGAGCGCCUUUUCGUCCACGAUGUGCGUUGUCCCGCGUGGGCCGCCGAUUUUCGUGUGUGUGUAUCGCGUGAAACGCGCAUUCCUGUCAAGACGUGGGACCUGUCGACGUGGCAGCUCUUUACACCAAAAGUGUCGCGCCUCCGACAGCGCAAGUCCGUGCGAGUAGGGGCAUUGCUCACUGUAGAUUUGGCAGUGGUGCGUUCGUUCACUGAUCACUCCCGCAUCGCACGACCAUUAGGACAACAAUUGCAAUUACCACUCAUCAGCGCGCCGUACUUAUCACACGAUGUAGAGUUGGAAGUAAAUCUGGAGGCGCUGCACAGGGAGGUACGGCGCACACGGUUGGUGGAGAGUACGGUAUGGCAUACAGCGCAAGAUGUUUUGAAACUCAUACAGUUCCUGACGGUGAAGUGA